AUGAGGUCUACGAUUUUGGUACUUCUUUGGCUCGGAGCCAUUAGAGCGGCUUUUGGGAAUCAAACCCAUCUGGUGGACUCCUCCUUGGAGAAUCGCUUGCUAUCGCGGCGAGUGCGUGCUUUGGUAUUUCCGGACAAGGCUGCCAUCCUCCUGACCGCCGCCCUAACUAAACUCAUUUUGGGCGGACGACCAAGUGGACUCCAGUACAGCCUGGAAUUUGAUAUGUAUGUUCCGGUUCCCGACACCGUCGAGGGUUGGCAGCCCAAGAUUCUGAAGAGGAUGAAGCCGAAGCCAACGUCAAAGCGCCGAUAUGAUUGGUCAUAUACCAAAAGACCUGAAAGCUAUCAUCCAUACUAUGCGGGGCCUUAUAGAAAUGCUCAUUACCAUAGUCCGGACAUUAAUAAGGUUCCAUUCUACCAAGCAACAACGAGGUAAAAUUAAAUGAAUAAUUUUGAAGGACUUUAACAUAGCUUAAAAUAUUUCAGACCCUCAUUGAAUAGGGCCUCUUUCUAUCAAACCCCAUGGAGUUGGUCCGCAAAUCGGAAGAACUCAAAUCAACCGGUAGAAGAAGUUUAUGAAUCCUGGGAUCAAGUGCCCAGCUGGAAGUUACAUCGUGGAUACAGAGAGCGCAGAGAGAUUUUCGAUCAGUUUGAGGCCCUGGGAAAAGUUUUUCAGUUGGACCUAAGGUCCUGUAUCAAGAGAGCCAUGUGUGAGCUAAGGGCCAAAUUAAAUGCUGGUGAAGAUCAGGGGUUUCUCAUGGAGGAUCUAAUGCGCAUUGUGCUGACAGUUCCCGAGGAGGUGACCGAUGAUAAGUACAGGCAUCGCAUGGAUAUCCAGGACUGUUCCCGAUUCUACGCCCCAAGUUGUCCGUACAAUGUUCUAGACUUUCUCGCCCAAAGUGGUGCAAAAUUGUAA